AUACAGAGCUGAGACUGCUACAUAGAAGGGCAGCAGCUCACAUACCGAAGUGGCUAUUGACUGUUUGGAGAGCUUGCAUUUUAUGAGAAAGCUCCUAUCAGUUUGUGAAAUGGAGGAAGUAGAACCCACCAGCAAUAGAUAAGAUAAAAUCAAUGGAUUAUGCAAAUGUAGCCAAGCUGGAGAUCUUCUAUACAUCUCACUCAAAGACAGUAUGAAGAGUAAACUAGAGGACACGAAGGAGCAGAUGAUACCAUGAAGAGAAGGUCACAGGCCCUCUGUUGCCAUCUGUUUAGUAUCCUACUCGUUUUGGCACAGGUAGAGAGCAAAGUAUUUGCAGUUAAGGAACAGUUUCCAACGUCACCAUCUUAUCGCUUAAUGACAACAACAAAUGCAGAAAUGGUAAUGUCAAGUGUCAACUCUGGACUUGUUAGGAAGUCUGCAAGGCCUGGAACAAGGCUGUCUGCAAAACCUGCAGACUUAGUGCCUCCCUUUCACAGUAAAGGUGUUGAUUACAGCGACAGUCUCACGACAACACCAUUUGUCAAUAUUCAGGGUGUUACAAUUUCAGGAAAAGCACAGCAUAAAAGGAAAACAGCUGAGGAUGUGAUGGAUGAGAUGACUGGGUCUACUGAAACUUACCUUCAUUCAAGCUUUCCACUGAGGACUACAACCACCACUGACCAUACUAGCACUAUUCUUGCAUUCCCUAAAGACACUUUUCAUCAUGUUGGCACUUUGCAAAGCCUUUCUCAAGAGGAACAGUCCAAGGGUUCACCCACCCUUACCAAUGGUAUGUCAAAGAACACCGAAUCAGUGUCAGUGCCUUUUAAGCCCCAUCAUUAUAAACUAUGGGAUGUAUUAAACAGAAAUGGAUCUUUGUUCUCUGUAAGAAAAGUGAAUGGAACUUCACCGACUACUAUGACAUUAACCGCAUCCCCAAUAUUUCCCCAUACCACCACACUGGUACAAGGAGCCACAAGGAGUACAGUAGUGAAACAGCAUACUGAACCAGACAAUGCUACCACAGUGCAAUUGAUUCUGUCUAUGGAUGCAACUACUAGGAGUUCCAUUACCAUGUCUACACCUGGGUCCACAGCAACAGGAAAUUUUCUAAAUAGGUUGGUGCCUGCAGGAACAUGGAGACCUAUGGUUCCUGGCAAUAUUUCCCAUGUAACAGAGGAUGGAAGUCCACCGCAACACAGAGAGACCAUUUGUCUGAGUAAAGUGGAUAUUGCUUGGAUAUUCCUGGCUAUUAGUGUACCAAUAUCAUCAUGCUCUGUCUUACUGACUGUGUGCUGCAUGAGACGGAAAAAGAAGGCUUCUAAUCCUGAGAAUAAUUUAAGUUACUGGAAUAAUGCAAUUACAAUGGACUAUUUCAACAAGCAUGCUGUGGAGUUACCACGAGAGAUCCAAUCUCUGGAGACAUCAGAGGACCAUCUUUCAGAACCACGAUCCCCAGCCAAUGGUGAUUACCGAAACAGUGGAAUGGUUCUUGUCAAUCCAUUUUGUCAGGAAACUCUUUUUUCAGGACAUGAGCAAGUUUCUGAAAUCUGAUGAUGAGUGAAGAUAUGAUUGAUACUGAGUUUUAAAUUCAGAACAUAAAGCAGCUUUGAAUCAAAUGGACAACUGGUAACCAAACAUUAAAGACAGGGAAAGCUCUGUUUCUUGAUCUACAGUAGAAACUGGUUUAACGUUUAGUUUGAUUUAGUUGAACUUACAGCCAUCCUUCCAAUGUACCCUAAACCAGACCAUACAUCCAUCCUAUAUCAUAUGAAUAUGCUUUGUGUACCCCCUUCUCCUCCAAUAACUACUAUGUUUUCAGCUUGUUUUCCUAAGAAUUGUCAUCUUUUUACAAUUGUGGUAAGACUUUACAGAAUAAU